CCCCCCCCCCGCGAAGAUCCCCAGCCGGGCCAGAGGUGCCAGCGUCCCCAUGGGGCUGUGCUUCCCGUGCCCCGCGGAGUCCGCACCGCCAUCCCCGAGCCCGGAAGAGAAAAGAGCAAAGCUGGCAGAGGCAGCAGAAAGAAGACAGAAAGAGGCCGCAUCUCGGGGGAUUUUGGAUAUCCAAUCAGUGGAGGCAAAGAGGAAGAAGAAAGAACAGUUAGAAAAGCAGAUGGAAACAUCGGGGCCACCAGCAGGUGGACUCAGGUGGACGGUGUCAUGAAGCAUCACACACUACGGUAGUGCUAUGCCACUAACUCCAGCAUCUGCAGUCAGAUGGAUUUCAGCUGAGUGUCUCUUCUUCGGACUGAUGAAGAGUCAGACUGUAUCGUUAGUGCCCUUGAGAGUAGUGUGAAAACUAUACUAAAACUAUUGGUAAAAUUUCUGAUUUUCAAGCUUA